GUUCCUCGUUCCUCAUUCCCCGUUCCCCGCUCCGCAGGAUAUACUCAAGUCAACGCCAACGUUGUCUCAGCUCACAUUGACGAAAUCAACUCACCAGCGAUCUCGCUUUAUUGCUUGAAUAUUAUACACUUGAAUUGAUUCAAUGUCAAUAUGAGCUUUCAAUGCCCGUACCCUGGUUGUUGUCGCUGCUAUGUCAGAAAGGAGCACCUCUCCCGACAUCAGAGAGAUCACAGCAACCUUCGCGAAUUCACAUGCGAUCAUUGUACCGCAUCAUUCAAUAGGAGUGACAUCCUCAACCGUCACAUAUCUCUGACACAUCCUUCAACCCGCUCCGGGACUUCCGAAGACUUGAACAAUCAACGAGUGGAAAAUGCAGACAUCCUUGAUACCCAAGUUGAAGCGGAGCGUGAGUCUUCUCUGUUCUCGCCAGAGGAAGGCAUCUGGCCGCCGAUAUCAUCGACAAACGCUCUCUUCUGCGACACAAUCCAUCGAAGCGCCGUAGAGGAUGUCUAUUUCCAGUACUUUCACCCUCACUGGCCGAUCUUGCAUCAACAGACAUAUCGAAACACACCUCAGUCCCCAGAUCUGACACGGUGUGUUCUGGUCGCUGGUCUCUGGAUGGCGGGCACACACCAGGAAGAGGCACGGAAGCAGCAUGAGAGCCUUUUGAGGUGUCUAGGUCACGAGUUGAGCAUGCCCUUGCAAAUAUUCAAGAAAAUUCCCAGAGAACUUGGGCCUAGAAAUCUCGCUCUGCUUCAGGCUCUCUUGAUCCCAUUGAUCCUGUGUACUUACAUAGGCCCCAAGACGAUUCCACUGUCCAUUAUCUACAUAAAAAAUCUUUUUCUGGCUUUGGAGAAUGCUGGGAUCUACGACCAAGCUACUCUUGAUGGUGCAGAUCUCCACCCAAUCGUUGAAGAGCAAUAUCGGAGACUUGUGCUCGUACACUUCAAAACAUUUAUUCACAUCAACAGCACUUUGACAGAGCACUUUGCAAUGUUCAAACCCUUCGAGUACCUUCACCCUUCCAAGCUGAGAGUUCGGGCUCCCUCGCCGCUGGCGGCAUGGAAUGCAUGUACCAACCCAACAACCCAAUCCAGUGAUCAACAGGUGUUAGUCAGCGAUCUAUCGAAGAGCAAUGUUUCGGCCUCCCUCCUCUACAGCGAACUUGGUCCUCUACUUGCGUGGGACUUCACAACAGGCAUGAUUCUGGGGUGCUUUAUUUCUCAGAAAUCUGACGAAAAAUAUGCAGCAGUGCUGAAAAGAGCGCAACCUUUUUUGUUCAUGCAUAAAAAGCAUAUUGUUAUUGAUAGACAUGAAGAAUCAAUGGCAUAAGCAUGUUAUAAGGGGACAUCCUAUUGCACCUUCAGACCCUUCCUAUCCAAAGACUUUUUCCUCUGUCCAAUUUCCCAAACCUCCCAAGCAGAUAUUGGCUUAAUCUCAGGGAACAAUGACAAUACAAACGCCAGCGGCGCAAAGUGUGAGAUUACGCAGCAGCAUGAACAAAUAUUUAGUCGGUACACGCUAACGCCAAUUCGGGCUUCCCAAGCAAUAGCUUCGAGUCUGCCACUUUUGAUACAUCUGUUUUGCUUGCAGCGGGUUAACUACUAAGCUACCAAGCCC